UCAGGGAGCGGACCAUGGUGAGGAACCACCGGCUGCAGCAGUUGAACCUUCCCCAGCAGAACAGGGAGGCCAGCGAUCGGGAGAGCUACAGCAUCGCUCCCAAGUAUCUGCAGAACGCUCCCCUGUCGGACGACUGCCUGCUGUUCGAGGAGUCGACGAGGAUGCUCAAGGCUCUCUUCCCCCUCAAGUGCCUCAUGAAGAAUUUCAUGAUCAACUAUCUCAGCGAGGCCAACGCUAUCAUCACCUUCGCCUCCACCGGCGUCAGGGGCAUGAAGUACGAAAGCCAUCCUCUCCUCGGCGCGCUGAUCCCGCGAGAUGUCCGCGUGAGCAGCAAGGCGGCGAGCUCGAAAUUCUCUUCCGAGCGAGACGCUCCAUACCGCCUCUCCUCCCUCCACUCGAGGCAGUACCUCGGGCUGAAGAGCCUUGCCGGAGGCAAGCUGGCUCAAGACACUCUGACCGAUCUCGGAAGGCUUCUACUCGUGGAUGCCUCGAGGUAUCGGAGCAGCUGAAGGAGUUUCGGAGGACGCAAACAUCAUCUGCCCUCCUCCUGCUCCUAUGUUUUGGUCUCAUGUUCCCCCCUCAGUCCUGUUCCGCUCCCUCCGUCUCUCGUUCCUUGCCGCUGAUCCCUCCCUCCCCCUCCCCCUUCCCAUCCCCAUCCCCAUCCCUUUGGAUCUGUGAAGCUGCUGUGAAGUGUAAAAUGUUGUGACAAG